ACGCGCGAUCGCAGCAACCGGUUCGAAGCGCUCGAAGAUUGCGUGAAGCGGAGCAAAAAGAACCUUCCGCCGUUCGUAAUCGUAGCCGUAGCAAAAUGAAGCAGAAUAAGUUCGGUGAAGAAUUCGUGAAGAUGUGUCCUAUUUCGUAAAGAUUUAUUUGAAAAAAAGGUGUCCUCAGCAAAGGGAAAGCAAAAUCCGGCAAAGGUUAUAACACUGAAAUCCCCAGUUGUGUGUGCCAGCCCAAACGGAAGAAAAGUAAAAGUUGUAAAUUAAGCAGUCGGAGCCGAAGCUACAGCCUUUUCUCCUAACAAUAAAACACCGAAACACCGGGGGGAAAAAAAGAUCACUCAGAUCGCGAUCGUACGUACAACGGUGUACAGCAGAGUGGUGGAGUCGUUGACCUUGGAACCAGCGAGCUGGAGAGUAACAAAUAAAGAAAGAUAGAGGGAGAGCGAGAAGCUGGAAAAAUCAUUGCAAGUUCCGCAAGAAUUCCAUUCUUGCACUCCACAAACGGUCCACAGAAAGAAUGCCACCUAGUACACAGGGUAGAGGAGCAGCAGUAAGUCAGCUACCCGUGCCGGAACGCAAGCCGGACUACUACAUCGGCCCAACCGGACGUCCCGUUUUGACCAUGGGCCUCGAUCGAACGAGCCCGGGUACAUGUGAUUCAGCCAACGGCACAAGCAACAGCAAGUUAAACAAAUGCUUAUACAACCUCACAAUACGGAACGCGGGAUAUCCCACCAGCAAUAACGAUCGUCACGGAUCUGUCAGCAGCAACAGCAGCAGGAGAGUGAGCAAUAAAACCGAACAUGAUAUAACGAGCACACCGGCGAGAGGUCGCUGCAGUAAAUCACCCCCACAGAUUUCGGGAUCAGGUCGGUUCGGUUCGCCGCCUGACACUGGUGGUCGGCGUCAAGCGAUGGUAUCGACCGCGGGCGGGUGGUCUUCAACGGCCGCCUAUCAAAAACCGGCCAGCAGUGGAAUCUGUGGGCCGUCACCGCCAGCAGCUGCUGCCACGCGAUUGCUUGCCGCACGAUCAUCCGGCGGCGGUACGAGACCUCAAUCAGACGCUACUGGCCGCAGCAGGCCAGGUUCGCUCGUUCUACAGCAACAGUGCAGAUAUUCCAAUCACCACAAGCAGUUGGACAAUCGAUUAAGCUACCAGCGCAGCUACGAUCGCAACAUCUUUGGGUACGAUCAACCGAUGGAUCAGAUCGUGCUGCCACCGUUGCAGAUUUAAAAGAACGGGCUCAACACUUAAUGGAUGAUUCCCCCUCACAUCCACACUUCCUAGAAUUAUCUGUAAAAGACUAGAUUUAGAACAUCUUCUCCGGAUGAAUCCGUUCCAUAUUGCCAAGAAAAAAAAAACAAUAAUACCUAAA